AUGGCAGACCCUUCACUAUACACCUACACAUCUCCCCUCAAAGGCUGGCGAGGAGGCGAACCACUAUCAGAUGAGAAGAUUACAGAAGGACCAGACGCGAAGUCAUACGUGAACCCAACACCGACAACCAGAUCCUCAACCUACGCAUCGUUUGCUGAUCCUAUCACAAAUGGCACUCGCGCCGGCUUCGAUGUCCACAUCUACUUCAUGCAAUCGGUUCCAUACGAAGUCACCUUCGCCACCGAGCUAUGGGAGCGCAUAAGGCGCGAGUUCCCGGAACUGAGAAUCUAUCGAGUCUGGUAA